GGGCUCCACAGAGAGGCCUGGGCAGUGGGCAGCAUCUUGGUUGCCAAGAGUGGGAGAUGGGGCCAGCCUUGCUCUUGGCCCUCCCGGCUCCCGUUGGGUAGAAGGCCCAGGGGCCUCUGAGAUCCCUGUAGGUAGGUGUUCUUGUUGGCAGCAGAGCUCAAAGGGGUCCUUGUUCAGGCUGGAUGCAGCCACCCCCAGAGGCCUAGGAGCUCACAUCUCCUCCUGAACAACUAGCUCUCCCAGUUUGUUUGGUUCUUGGAGCAGAGAAGAUAAAGGCUUGGUGGGGGUGGGGAAUAGGAAGGGGUCUGAUCUAGGGAACCCCACCUCUCAGACAGGCCCCUGCAUGGCUGUCUCAGCCCAAGAGACCUCCUUUGGUCUCCCCCAAGCCCCGUCUACUGGGAGCACUACGGGAGAGGGCAGAACACCAGGCGCGGAGCCCUCUGGGCGGCGUGCUGAAGGGGACAGAGUGCAGGAUUUCGGCCAGACCGAUGUUUGAAUUCAGCUCCACUCCUCCCUGCUUGUGUGGUCGGGAGCUCGUGCAUUACCUGUCUGGGCUGCCUCUUCAUCUGUAUGACCGGACACCAGAGCGGGCCUCAGGGCUGGAGGUCCUGAGCCACACCUGUCCCCUCCCCUCUCCCCAGCGGCUCCCUCCGCUAAUAGGGCUUGACUUGGUUUGAACCUUCCGAGUCCUUCCGCCUCCUGACCCCGAAGGCCUGUUGGGGGUGUGGUGGAACCCAGGCCUGGGUGUCAGACCUCCACGGGGUCCUGGCCCUGCCAACGACUGAGUGUGGGCACAUCACUGGAGCCAACUGGGCCUCCCUUCUGCCCCUGUGAAAUGCCAGCAGAACCACCUGCCCCAUCAACCAACAGAUGCAUGGAAAGACGGCUUCUCUGAAGAGCCCCGUGUCCUGCUCAGAGAAACUAGCCAGGGUUCAGGCACCCCUGGACUCCAGUCUGCACUGGCCAGAAGGCUUGAAGGGUGAAGAGAUAAAGAAGUGUGGCCAAGAAGGGCCCCAGCUUGUGUGUUUGCAGACGCUACUGAGUAAAUACAACCAACAAUACCACAAGCUGUUUAAGGACAUUCCCUUGGAGGAGGUAGUUCUCAAAGUGUGUUCCUGCGCCCUCCAGAGAGACCUCCUUCUCCAGGGCCGGCUCUACAUCUCCCCCAACUGGCUCUGCUUCCAUGCCAGCCUCUUUGGCAAGGAUAUAAAGGUGGUCAUUCCCGUGGUGUCUGUCCAAAUGAUCAAAAAACACAAGAUGGCGCGGCUUCUUCCCAAUGGCCUGGCCAUCACCACCAACACCAGCCAGAAGUACGUCUUUGUGUCACUGCUUUCCCGGGACAGUGUAUAUGACAUGCUGAGGAGGGUCUGCACACACCUCCAGCCUUCCAGCAAGAAGAGCCUGAGCGUAAGAGAAUUUCCAGAGGAACCUGAGUGCGAAUCCCUGGAAUUCCUCAUCCCUGAGAUGAAGUGGAGAAAAGUGUGCCCUGCCUCCAGGUCCCUGUCCCUCCCAGACAACAUCCCUUGUAUACCUCGGGCAUCCAUGGACUCCACGGACAACUUCUUUCCCUCCAGGAAGCCUCCCGGGUCUGAGAAGGCCGUCUGUGAGGAGGAGAAGCUGGAGGAAGAGCCCAGGAGCGACGGGGAGCUGAGGCUCUGGGAUUACCAGCUCCUCAAGGUCAUCUUUGUGCUGAUCUGCUUCUUGGUCAUGUCCUCAUCCUAUCUGGCGUUCCGCAUCUCCCGGCUAGAACAGCAGUUAUGCUCCCUGAAUUGGGAUGGCCCAGUCCCUGGGCACAGGUAACAACCACCUUGGCUUCUCCAAGAAGAAUGCUCUGGGUGCUAAGCUUCCACCAGUGACCCCCGUGGUUUAUGCUGUUGCUGUGCUGAGACUGAAUAUGAAGGAAAAUACUCCAGAUCCUUCCUCCUCCCCUCAACUCUUAUCCCUGCUGUUGACAAAGCUCCUACAAUUUGGGGACUCAGACACGAAGCCAGAUUCUUGGAACCAGCCGAGAAAUUCUGUAUACUAAGCUUCAGCAAGCCCUUGGAAAAAGAAAGUUAGCUUGUUCCUUGGAAACGGUCUGGCACAGAGGCAGAGCACUAGGAACCAACCAAGGGACAAAGGCCACGAUUUGGUACCUGGAAUGCAGCUCUCCACGGCCACGCGGCUCGCGGCAGUAGUGGGACAGAGGCCCGGACGAAAACCACCAGUGGGCCUCUGCUCUCUCCCAACAUACUGUGCCCUCACUGGGGCCCCCGAGAGUCCCUGUCCUGGGGUCACCUGUCAGGCCCAGGGCAGACAGGGGAAGUGGGGUGGGGGGGAGCUAGGAACAACGAGAGGAGGGUGUGUAGCUAGGAUUCCAGCCAGAGGGGAAGGUUCAUGCCCCUCACGAGGAGGCUGGCUGAAUCCGGAGGACAAUACUUGUAGCAGAGGACGUGGCAGGGGCUGCGAAGGAGGGCCGAGGUCCAGUGUUCUGUGUCCUUAGCUGCCACUUCCUGGUGAGACAGGUGGAACAGGGCCUGUGAUCACUGUGGUCACAGACCUGGUACUGCAUCUUCCCCGGGUGUGCUCAAACAGUUCUGAGGUGCCCCAGGCGGGAAGUAGAGGAUGGGGGGGGCGGGGAAGGUCGGUGGCUUCGAUUCGAGCUGGCUUUGUACUCCCUGCCUGACUGCCUGAGAGGCCAUGACCAACAGCAGCCUGUUGGGGAGGCGUGGCUGGGCAACUGGGCAGCUGGGCAUGAGGGUGUUGGGCCACCGCAGGGCAGAGCUCACUCGUGUCACUUGGGAUCAGUGAGUUGCAGGCCAUGGGGGAGGGUCCUCCACUCCAUGAAUAAGGUGGGGGUGUCCAAGGUGGGCCUGGUACAGUGCAGGGACCAGGUCAAGGGGUUUUGUCUGAUACCUCUGGGGACAAGAGAGGUGGGGGAUGGGAAGAGUGGACACAGUGGUAGCUUUGCCUUAGAGAGUUCUCCAUCUCUCCAAGGCCCUCUCUAUUCUAAACAGCUCCUCUGUGCCUCAGAACUCUGCCUGCUCUCCCUGGGACUCCAAUAUGCCAAGACAGUGCCUUUGGGGGUUCUAGAAGGGCCUUCGUGAGGAGGUCAGAUGUAUCAGGCAGAGUCACUGGUGAUGGGGUGAGUGUGUCAGAAACAGUCACUGCUUUUCCUUCUUCAAACACCUGAGAGGUUAAUCAGGGAGAAAUCCAAGUGGAAAUUAGUUAUUGUGGAGCCAUGAUUGUCCUGUUUAUGACAAACCCAAAUGAGGAUGUGGGGGACGGAUUUGUAGGUGAGAAGUCCCUAAGCUCAGACGAGCGGUCUCCUUAUCCUCCCCCCGCUGCAGGUUCUAGGAUUAAGCUUGGAGCCUGCCUGGGGGGUUGCUGGUACCACCUCUGGGGGUGUCAGGUGAACUCAUAUUCCGUUCUCCCCACAGCACCACACUGGAUAAACACCCAUCCUUCUUUUGGAACCAGCCCCCUUCAUCACUCCUUUAUAUCACGUUUUCAGGGAAAUAGUCCCACUUGCCCAGUGUCUCCCCGCCUUGGUCCUUGCUGAAGGGCAGGGAGAAUAGGUCCAUUCUCUGAGUCCUGCUAGGUUGAGCCAGAGGCUCAUGAGAGGCCAACAGAGGUGCCAAGUCAUGGGUAGCUGUGCCAACAUGCUGGUGAAUCUGGUCUCCAGCCAUGCCCCGGGCUCAGAAAAGGCAAGAGGCAUGCUAUAGGGGAGGUGGCUCUGGAGGUCCUCUUGGGUAUGAGUGUGCCUGUCACUCUGGAGGGCCCCCUGUCCAUUUCUCCCUUUUGUUCCUCAGCCUGGUCCUGUGGGGCCACUGUCCUUUCCCUUGUGCUCAUUUGUAAACUAUGUGUAUUUAUACAGACCUGCUUGCACUGGCUGAGUCCCUUUGAGUCCCUGAGAGAUUGGUUCAACUAUCCUUGGGUUGUUCUGGCAUGGCAGUAGCCUUUGAAAAUAUUUUAAAAUAUAAACAUUCAAUUUUUUCUAGUA